ACUUCACCUGACUGGCCGUAUCGUAUCUGUUACUUGGUCUGCUCUUGAACUCAAUUCUCUCUACCUGUCUACCUACCUAUCCUCCUUUUGCACACAUCGCACCGCCCGGCUUGCGAAGCUAGGGAUGAUAGCGUCGCCAUCUCACCAUCACCCUUAUACUUAUACAUACACCUUACACCUCACCCUCCCACCGAAUAUCAUCUAAGCUAUGGCACAAGCCCACCAUGGCCGCGAAUCCCCCAAAACGCACCGUGUGGGCGAGCACUGGAGCGGCGCGAACCCCGUCCCCACCAUCGGACGGUUCCUGGAACGAUUAGAGGUGGAUAAACAAGAGCGAAAAGCCCAUGAGGAGGCAUUGAUGGCGAAACGAAAAGAAAAGGAGGAGAAAGGGGAGGAAAUCCCGCAUAAACCGAGGAAGACGACGGGGAAAACGCGGAUGGUGACGGAUCCUACGACGGGAAGGGAAAUUGAGGUCGAGGAUUUGGAUGAGGAUGCCAUGGAUGCGGUGAAGGAUCCGAAGCUUGUCGUUCCGAAUGCGAAUGUCGGGAAGCCGACGGAUAUCAAAACCGAAGCGAAUCAGAGUCUCUCGCAAUAUAAAGAGAAUCAGGAUAUUACGGCACCCCCGGAUCCCAUUGCAGAGGGGACGACGUCGGAUGUGCCUAUCCAUGGCGAGAAGACCAAUAUCCUCUUUCACCCGACCCCGACUGUCACCUAUAAGCCGAUGUUUGAUAAACUGGAGACCCGUGGCAUGGGGUUAUGUCUAGGCAUUGUCGCUGCCAUCGUCUUCAUAGGUCGGAUCUUCGGUGGCUCGUUAUGGGGCUUGCUGCCGCUGGCAUUUGGCGUCGCAAGUGCGGUGUGGCUGUGGAUACAAGAGCUCAUCCGCAGUGGUCGGGAAAUGGAAUGGAGUAGCGAACAGAUCAGAGGCCAGAUGGCCACUGCGAACCUGCUCCCCGAGUCGGUUGAGUGGCUGAAUUCCUUCCUGGGCGUCUUCUGGGGUCUCAUCAACCCGGAGAUGCUGUCGCCCGUGGCGGAUACCAUCGAGGAUAUCAUGCAGGCGUCUGCGCCUGGUGUCGUCGAGAACGUGCGGAUUGCAGAGAUUGACCAGGGCAACAACCCCUUACGGAUUUUGAGCCUGCGAUCCCUGCCCGAUUCCCAUGUUCAACAACUCAAAGAUCACAUCCACGAGGAAAAUGUCAAGAACAAGGACCCCCAGGAGGCGGCUGCCGCUGAGGAGGGUGGGAGCUACUACAACAUCGAGGCCUCCUUUGCCUACCAUGCGAAACCCAGCGGGCAAACCACCUCGUCGAAGGCGCGCAACAUGCACAUGCAGAUCGUGUUUUACUUGGGAAUCAAAGGCCUCUUUGGUGUGCCCUUCCCGGUCUUUGUCGAGCUGAUCGAGAUGGUAGGCACGGUGCGUGCACGAUUCCAGAUGAUGCCAGAGGCCCCGUUCAUGAAAGACGUGACGUUCAGUCUGGUUGGACUUCCUCACAUCAAAGCUGGAUGCAUGCCCAUGGUCAAAGGUGGCGUGAACAUCUUGAAUCUCCCGUUGAUUUCCAACUUCGUCAACUAUGCGAUUGCUACCGCUAGUGGACUGUUUGCGGCCCCCAAGUCGAUGACCAUGGAUCUGAGUAUGAUUCUCAAGGGAGACGAUAUUGUCAAGGAGACCCAGGCCUUGGGUGUCAUGUGGAUCCGUAUCCACCGUGCGAUAGGGUUGAGCAAACAGGACAGACGUGGCAGCUACGGCGGUGGCAGCGACCCCUACAUCAACCUCUCUUUCUCGAAAUACGGCAAGCCCAUGUACUGCACGCGUGUGAUCGAAGACGACCUGAAUCCAGUCUGGGAGGAAACGGCAGCAUUGCUGGUGACACCAGAACUGAUCAAGGCUGACGAAGCUCUGAGCGUCGAGCUCUGGGACUCGGAUCGAACUACCGCGGACGACAUUGUUGGCAAGGUGGAACUGCCGAUUCGGAAGAUGAUCCAGCAUCCUGGCAAGAUGUACGCCCAGGUUUCGAAACUCCAGGGCCUCAACGAGGGCAGCGAGAUGCCCGGAGAACUGCACUGGGAGGUUGGGUUCUUCGGCAAGCCUAAACUUAGGGCCGAGUUGCGAACCGAUGGCAAGAAGAAGGAUCUCCCAGAGAACUUCCAAAACACCCCUGAGUUCCAGGACGACAAGGGCGUCAUCAGCAACGAGCAGGAGGAGGCCAUCACCAAGACUCCCCCUGAUCCGCUCUGGCCCAGCGGUAUCCUGAGCAUCGUGGUCCAUCAGAUCGUCAACCUGGAGGUUGAGAACGUCAAGGGCAGCCACGGGAAUCGCAAAGGCAGAGAUUACGAGCCGGCCAAGCCCUAUGGCGAUCAGAAAGAAGAACAGGGCGAGAAGCUGCCCACGAGCUACUGCAAGAUUAUCCUCAACGACGAGCUGAUCUACCGCACUCGCGCCAAAGCCCUAAGCUCCAAGCCCAUCUUCAACGCUGGAACCGAACGAUUCGUCCGCGACUGGCGAUCCGCCUUUGUCACCGUGAGCGUCCGGGACCAACGCUAUCGCCAACACGACCCCAUCCUCGGCGUCAUCCCCCUCAAGCUCUCCGACAUCCUCCAGACCAGCUCCCAGGUCACCCGCUGGUACCCUCUCGACGGGGGCAUUGGAUUCGGCCGCAUCCGCAUCUCUCUCCUCUUCCGACACGUCGAGACUCGACUCCCCCCCAACAUGCUCGGCUGGGACGUAGGCACCUUCGAAUUCAUCUCCGACCAGAUCACGGUCCAGAACUUCCACGAACGCUCCAAGAUCCGUCUCCGCACCGGCGGCAGCAGUGGCAAGAUCACCCGCCAUGUCUGCACCGUCAACGGAUCCAACAUGACCUUCGACCUCUCCGACGAGUCCUAUCGCCACGCCCUCCGCCUCCCCGUCAAGCACCGCUACCGCAGCCCCAUCGUCUUCGAAUUCCACCAACAAGGCCACCACCACGCCAGCGCCUACGCCAUCUACUGGCUGCAACACAUGGCCGACAACGAAGAAACCCCCAUCGACAUCCCCAUCUGGGCCACCAAGAACGGCAAACGCCUCACCCAGAACUACAUCACCGAGCAAAACGCCCACAUCAAACGCAACCCCGGUCUCGAAGACCUGCACGAAAUCGGCCGCCUCCAAUUCCGCGCCUUCUUCAGCCCCGGCAUCGACUCCUCCCACGAACGCUUCGUCGUCGACAACGAAUCCCGCGAGACCUUCGAAUCCUGGGAAGCCUGCAUCGCCGAAGGCGUCCGCGCGCGCCGCAUCUCCUCCGACAUCCCCGAGGACCUCGAACAACUCCACGAACAAUCCCUCCUCGACGGCCGCGACAUCCUCAAACACGCCGAACCCCGCGAACGCAAACGCUGGAUCGACAAACAAGGCCAAGACUGGAGCGGUGCCUUCGGCCACGACCCCGGCGCCUACCUCAACCAACACGGUCACCAAGUCGCCGAACCAGGCCGCGAACCACCCCCCCACGACCCCGUCAACCCACCCCCCACCGUCGCCCAAUCCUACGGCACCAUGCACGCCGAAGAAGCCCAACACCAAACCACCCCGCAACAAGAACACCUCGAACACGAAGUCGAAGACGAACCCGCCUCCUCCUCUGCCACCUCGUCCAGUGAAACCGAAGACGACAACGACGAUAACGUCUACCCCCACCAACAACGCGUCUCACACAGCACCAUGUCCUCCAACGGCGGAGCGAGCAGCAGUGUCGGUGGUGGCCCGAGUCGCUCCAGUACCGAUGACUCGGCCGUCAAGAAGGCGAACAAACGGAGCGAGAAGCGUCAGCAACGGGGGAUGAUGCAGUGGCGACCGGUGCGGAAUGCGGUGUUUGCGAAAGAUGAGACGAAGUUUGCGUUACGGAGAGUCAAGAGGAAGUUUACGGGGGAUUUGUCCGGCCGGGAACCGGAUAUUGAGACUGAGACGGGGACAUAAAUACCUUUCUCCCCCCCUUUUGUUUUCUUAUAUGGUAUGAUGGUAUUUGUAGGAUUAGCAUUAGUAUGUAUGUAUGUAUGCAUGUAUGGAUCUAUGAAU